AUGAUUUUCGUUGAUUGGAGUAAGCGAAAAAUAACGCGCCCAGUUAUGAUGCUAAUUCGAGAAUACAAGUACUAUUUUGACAGUGUCAACGCAUUUCCAGUAUUUUUUACUAAAAACGAUGAGAAAAAUUGCCGACAAGAGUUGCUUCAGACGCUCAAGGGACAAGCGAGCUUCCGAAGAAUACAAGUGAUUCGCAUAUACAUUGAAUCAGUUUUUAAUAGAAAAACCAAUAAAAUUGAGCAAAAAGUUGUCACUCGGUCGUGGCAGGAAAUUGUGGAUUUUGGGCCAUUUAAUGCUUACCAUUCGCUUGGAAUCAAUGCUGCUGAUUGCAUUUGGCCGUAUUUGAAUGAACCGUAUUUUGGAGUUACUGGUUUCCGAGUAAGCUCGUUGAAUGUUGGCUUGCGAAAAAUUACCAACAAGUGCCAUUUGAUCCUUGAGUGCGUUCACGAAUGCUUUAGCGGAAAAGCGCCAGUUAACACGAUGAAAAUUACUUUUCCUAAUUUGAAAAAGUUUUUUAAUCGUAUAAAUCCUGGCAAUCUGGCAAAAUUCCCCUUCCGCAUCGUCUUUAUCCUGUAUAUGCGCCUAUGGGCAAAAGAAGUCUUCCAGAGGGAUCGCCGAUUUAUCAACGCUGCGAGUGGUCAAGUCGAUAACGAGGGCAUUGAUCGAUAUAUAAUGGAAAUCUUACGAUCAACUGGGAUCCCACAUCAUGAAAUCGAUAUAACUUUAGCUCCUCGCAACAAGUUUUUGUACUACUUGACGACUUGCCGUACGAUUUACAUUGGAUAUUUCUAUCAUCAUCCAUUUCGCCACUACCGAAAACUGCCGUUCUAUGACAUGUUCUUUUUUGGCAACACUGACGCUCUAAGAGAACACAUUCGGGAGCUUGAAAAGGUUGCGCUUAGUCGCAAUUACGAUCUGUUUAUGCCGUUUUUUAUCGAGGUAGAGCAAAAAGAAGAGCCAAAAGUGGUUGUAUUCGAUUACACUGUAAAAGGAGCCAAGGACGCGAACGUUGCUUUCGAUCCACUGGUUGAAAUCGAAAAAUACGAUCUCUCUCUUUCGUCACCUAGCGCCAGCGCUGUCGCCAAACGUCUUUACGAGUACAAAUUUUUUGCCGACGACUGA